AUGAAGCGUGUGCUCAUCGGCGGUAAGCAUAGCCGGGACAUGGCUUCGGCGGCGAAGGUGGCCGUGGUGAGCAGGCCUCCGUUUGAUGAGGUGGUGAUUGGAGUGAGGGGGCAGGGUGUUAGGAUGUUGCUGGGAGGGUGGAGGAAGAUGAUGAGCACUGCAUCAGAGCCUUCUUCGAAGGUAGCGAUGCCGGAGAAGGAGAGUAGCGGCGGGGUGGCGGAGAAGAAGGAAGACAAGGGUGAAGUCAUGGUUUCCAACUACUGGGGAAUUUCGAGGCCUAAAAUCACUCGAGAAGAUGGCACUGAGUGGCCUUGGAACUGUUUUAUGCCUUGGGAAACUUACCGGGCAGACUUGUCUAUAGAUCUGCACAAGCACCAUGUUCCCACGACAUUUUUGGACAAAGUUGCAUAUAGGACUGUGAAACUUCUUAGAAUUCCAACAGAUAUAUUUUUCCGGAGGCGGUAUGGGUGUCGAGCGAUGAUGCUUGAAACUGUGGCUGCUGUUCCUGGUAUGGUGGGGGGAAUGCUAUUGCAUCUCAGGUCUCUUCGCAAGUUCGAGCAGAGUGGUGGAUGGAUUAAAGCAUUACUUGAAGAAGCUGAGAAUGAGAGGAUGCACUUGAUGACCAUGGUAGAGCUUGUGCAGCCUAAAUGGUACGAGAGACUGCUGGUGCUCACAGUUCAGGGAGUUUUCUUCAAUGCUUUCUUCGUGCUCUACUUGCUAUCUCCCAAACUGGCUCAUAGAGUUGUUGGGUAUCUAGAAGAGGAGGCAAUACAUUCAUAUACUGAAUACUUGAAGGAUAUUGAUAGUGGUACAAUCGUGAAUGUCCCUGCUCCAGCUAUCGCUAUUGACUACUGGAGAUUGCCUAAAGAUGCAACUCUGAAGGACGUUAUUACUGUUAUCCGAGCCGAUGAAGCCCACCAUCGAGAUGUCAAUCAUUUUGCUUCUGAUAUUCAUUUCCAGGGAAAGGAAUUAAAGGAAGCACCAGCUCCGAUCGGUUACCACUAA